AGCCCCAACCUCCUCGCUCUGCGCCGGCUGCGGCUUUCACCGGUGCCUUCUCCUCCUCCUCUCUUUCUUUACCUUCGCGCUUUCAAUCGUACUCCACUCUUGUGCAUCUCUCCCCACCCUUCUUUUCUUUUUCUCCCGGCUGGGGGUUCCAUCGGUUAUUCCCGUUCGAUCACGUGCACGAACCCUCGUUGCAGGAUAUCACAGCUUUCAAUUAAAAGAAGAGUCAUCAAGGUCUCCUUGUUCCGUCACUGCUCUCUCUCUCUCUCUCGACCCCCAGCUUUCAGAAAGUCAGCACAUAAAUAAACAUGUCUUACAAGCCCUUCUACCCCACCGUCCCCACCAACCCGCAGGUGUGGAUGGACGUCGAGAUCGGCGGCAAGCCCGCCGGCCGCAUCACGAUGGAGCUCUUCGCUGAUGCCGUGCCGAAGACGGCCGAGAACUUCCGUGCCCUCUGCACUGGUGAGAAGGGCUUCGGCUACGCCGGCUCCCCCUUCCACCGCGUCAUUCCGGAGUUCAUGUGCCAGGGUGGCGACUUCACCGCCGGAAACGGCACGGGCGGCAAGUCCAUCUACGGCAACAAGUUUGCGGAUGAGUCCUUCGCUGGCAAGGCCGGCAAGCACUUCGGCCCGGGUACGCUGUCGAUGGCCAACGCCGGCCCCAACACGAACGGCUCGCAGUUCUUCCUCUGCACGGCGCCCACGAGCUGGCUGGAUGGCAAGCACGUCGUGUUCGGUCAGGUGCUGAGUGGCUACGACGUCGUGAAGGCGAUGGAGGCGGUCGGCAGCCGCAGCGGUGCCACCUCGAAGCCGGUGCGCGUGUCCGCCUCCGGCAAGGUCUAA